GCGCGAGGCGCCAUUUCUCCCGACUUUCAGAGGAACCUUUCCUCUCACGUCAGACGCAGGCCGGUAUAAAACCUUCCUGCAGCCCGCCUGCCCGUCUGUCUGUCUGUGAUCUCUGUGUGGACUACCAUGAUCAAGUUAUGUUUGCUGGUUAUGUGUACGGGGGCGGGAGUGCUGGCAGUGACCCAGGAGCAGCUCGCUCAAUACGUUGCAGCCCAGCAGACGGGUCACAAGCAGCAGUCAGUAUCAGUGGUGCCCAGAGCUAGACAGGCCUACGCCCUGCAGUCUGCUGAAGACGCGGGAGAAUCCGCCUAUCAGCAGGCCUAUCAGGCAGCAUACCAGCAAGCAGCCGCCGCCUACCAACCACAAGCAGCCGCCGCCUACCAGCCGCAAGCAGCUCCUCAAGCCACCAGCUACAAGUCGUUCUCCAGCAGCGUCGGAGUGGGCAAGGACUACCAGCCGGUGUACUACCGACCCGCUCCAGGCGUGCCACAGUACCAUGAUCCCGCCCAGUUGCAGCCCCUCAGGAAGCUCAGGCCACUGCCAGGUGCACCUGACAAGGAGCCCGAGGAGGACUAUGACCCCAAUCCAGCUUACCAGUUUUCAUUCGAUGUGAAAGACGAUGAAUUCACCAACUAUCAGAACCGCAAGGAGCAACGAGAGGGCGACAAGAUCUCUGGCAGCUACAGCGUAGUUGACAGUGAUGGCUACAUCCGCACCGUUACUUACACAGCGGACCCCAAGGAGGGCUUUAAGGCUGACGUCUCCCGUGAGCCAACAGACAUUAGAGUGAAGCUGCCUCAGCCACCAUCGGCACUGCCACAACAGUAUCAGCAGAUUCCUCAGCAGUUGGUCCGUAAACAGCAAACCCAGCAGUACUUGGAGGCAUCAGCGCACGCAGGUCCGUCCCCACAGUAUGCCGCGAGGCCACAAGCGGCAGUAGCAUAUGUGGCCCCCCAAUUCGUGGCCGCUCCCCAAUACGUAGGGAAGUCUAGUGCUCCAGCCACCGCAGGUCUGAGUGCCUACUCCGGACCGCACCGCCUGGCCGCUCCUGUUAAAGCCAAGGCGGCAGCCAUCGGUUACGCCUCACAACAGCCGACUGCAUCGCCGAUUCUGUAUCAGGCGUACCAACAGUGACCUGGUACCUCGGGUAGCGUGGAACUCGUGUAAAUAUUUUGUUCUGCCUUCUAAAGCUUUCUUCUGCCAGACUGAUGACAGUCACUAAUAAAGCGGAAAUGAAGUAAGUUGUGUUCGCACAUAGAGUCUCAGUUUUUAACAUUAGUUAUUCAAUCAAACAAUAAAGCAUCAAAUGUCAUUUACUCUAUUUAAGUAGAUUUUUAAUAAAUUUCACAUAGGUAUUUAUAAUUUUGAAAUCAGGAAAAAUCUUAAUGAGAUUUAAGAUAUUUAUAAAAUUACACAUCUUAUUGAUUUCAAAGGUAAUCAAUAAAAUAUAACAUGCCAUUUUUACACGGCAGUGUCAUGUAAAUGCCAUUAGUUAGGUAGUAUAUAAUAUUUUUUAUACUUUGUACGUAUGUUUAUAAUGAUGACGUUCCUUAUUUGUACUUGUUAGGUUAAUUAAUAAAAUGACUUCAAUCGUU